AUGAACAUCAGUAACUCGUCACAAACAAGUGGAUCUGAAAGCCCUGAAUUGACCUGGGGAGAGCUGUUAACAAUUAUUGGAGAAAGUAUUGUUAUUGCUCUAUCUGUGACUUCUAUCCUUGCCACGUACUUAUUCAACAUUGUGAACACAUACGCAAAACGAUUGCAACGUGUCAACUUGGGAUCUAUUGCAUUUACAACUAUUGUUCUGAUCGUCCGUAACGCAUUCGUCAAGGUAGGUGAAAGAUAGUUAGAUCCUGUUGAACUUUGGGUUCCAGCAGCAUUACCGAUCUCUUGCUCACUGGUUCACUUAUGUCACCAACUGGCUCUUCAUCUUCAUGUCUAUCAUCGAUUUUUUCUCUGUUAUGGCCGGAGUUACGGUGGUCUUCCUGUUAAUUGCAAUCAAUUGCCCGAAAGUGAACAAAGUCUGGUUCGUCUGGUUCAUCCUCGCCUGCAUCAUUUCUGCCAUCAUUACUGUUGGCACAAUCGAGUUCGCUCCGUCCGAAGAGAGCUUGGAAUCAAACCACCAUUCUUCGACUUGGCAAAAAAUUAUGUACGCUAUCAUUACGGCGGCAGUCGGACUCUCAGCUUUCGGUUGCUGGGCAAUCGCGAAAUUUGCCGAAGACGUUCUGGUAAGUGAUGAUUAGAAAAACUGAAUCAAAGUUCAUAUUCUAGAAACUAGAAAUGGAGAAAGAAGGAGAUAAAUACGUGCGUUUGCGGUUCUGUUUUGACAACAUUAAGGCAGUUGCACACCAAGCCCAGUGGUGCUCGCUGGGCAAAACCGUUUUAAUUUGCAUCAUGAUCGGUGUCCAACAGGAUCGAGGAUCGUGGCAUCUUUUUGUUCUCUUCGGCUACUUUGUGUCUACCUUCCUCUCGUUCUUUUCCCACAAAGAUGCUCGCAUCCACUUCCGAAAGCUUCUCGAGCGCUGCAAGCUUUGCCGACGGUGCAUCAAGACUCCACGGGACUCACAGUACGCUAACCAGCUCAUUAUAAUCUUCUACCGAUUUUUUUUCAGAUAUGAAGUUGAGGAAGGUGUUCCACCAGAAGACUACAACGAUAUGAUGGCAAGGACCUGGGAGGAGGCAUACGAUAGGAAGCAGAAGGACCAAGAGCAUGACCGCAUUUCCCUUUUCUCCAAUGAACCUCUACAGAGCGAAAACCGCACCAAUUUCCUGGCCAAGUUUUUGAAGGCUAAAGCGGUCUUUGACAACCUUAACCUCCUGAUCCAACGCAAUAAGCGACGUACUCGCGUGAACCCUGCCACCCAUACUAACUUGUUCGUUGUCCAGCCAAGUCCCAAUGCCACGCUUACCACUAUCUGUUAA